CAGGAAUGUGGAAGGCGGCGGCCGCGGCGCUAGUGCCAAACUUUGGGGAAUGAUAGCGGGUGCUGUAUGGGAGAGGGAAGUACCAUAGCUGGGACGUCUUGAAUUUUCUUUAAAAAAAGAAAAACAAACAGCAACCUGAGACUGGAAAGCUUGGAUUCGGAGAGUGUUUCAAAUCUGCUUUAAAAUACGGCUUUAACGCAACCUUUAAGCCAUGUCGGAGGACCUGAGCUCCCAACCCUGGUCCAUUAACAAGGAUGACUACGAGCUACAGGAGGUCAUUGGAAGCGGAGCCACGGCAGUCGUCCAGGCUGCUUACUGUGUUCCCCGCAAGGAGAAGGUCGCCAUCAAACGCAUCAAUCUGGAGAAAUGCCAGACCAGCAUGGAUGAGCUGCUGAAAGAGAUUCAAGCCAUGAGCCAGUGCCACCAUCCUAACAUAGUCUCAUACUACACCUCCUUCGUAGUGAAAGACGAGUUGUGGCUGGUGAUGAAGCUUCUCAGCGGUGGCUCCGUUCUGGACGUCAUCAAACACAUCAUCUCACGAGGCGAGCAUAAAACCGGGGUGCUGGAUGAGCCGAGUAUAGCCACCAUACUCAAAGAGGUUUUACAAGGACUCGAGUACUUGCACAAAAACGGGCAGAUUCACAGGGAUCUGAAGGCUGGAAACAUCCUGCUGGGGGAAGAUGGCUCUGUACAGAUUGCAGAUUUCGGCGUAAGUGCCUUCUUAUCCACCGGCGGCGACAUCACCAGGAAUAAAGUGCGUAAGACGUUUGUCGGGACGCCAUGCUGGAUGGCUCCUGAAGUUAUGGAGCAGGUAAAGGGUUACGACUUCAAAGCAGAUAUUUGGAGUUUCGGGAUCACAGCCAUCGAGCUGGCCACCGGAGCUGCUCCGUACCACAAAUACCCUCCCAUGAAAGUGUUGAUGCUGACCCUGCAGAACGACCCUCCCUCCCUGGAGACGGGCAUCACAGAUAAAGAAGUGGUAAAGAAGUACGGCAAAUCCUUCAGGAAGAUGAUCUCGCUGUGUUUGCAGAAGGACCCAGAGAAAAGGCCAACGUCAUUGGAGCUGUUAAAACACAAGUUCUUCCAGAAGGCAAAGAAUAAUGAGUUCCUGCAGGAGAAGUUAUUACAGAGAGCGCCGACAAUAACAGAACGGUCGAAAAAGGUAAGGCGGGUUCCCGGUUCCAGCGGCAGGCUGCAUAAAACAGAAGAUGGCGAGUGGGAAUGGAGCGAUGACGAGCUGGACGAGGAGAGUGAGGAAGGCAAAGCUGCUGUCGCUGCUUUAAGGUCCCCGAGAGUCAAGGAGGGCAUUCAGAACUCAGAGCAGCUUUUCCAGCCAGCGGAGCCCUUCGGCAGUCACCUCCAGGCCGGUGUCCCUGCGCAACCUGAUGUACCUCAGCCCAUGCCAUCCUCUCUGUCCCCUCCUGCUAACCCCACCCAGGUCCCCGUUCCAGCCCCAGCCGCUGCCAGCGACGCCUCCAAGUCGCCCAUCAGCCUGGUGUUGAGGUUGAGAAACCUGAAGAAGGAGCUCAACGACAUCCGAUUCGAGUUUAUGCCUGGACGAGACACAGCAGACGGGGUGUCCCAGGAGCUGGUGUCCGCCGGGCUGGUAGACGGGAGGGAUUUAGUUAUAGUUGCUGCUAACUUGCAGAAGAUAGUCGAUGAGCCUCAAGCCAAUAAAAAUGUCACUUUUAAGCUGGCAUCCGGCGUGGAGGGCUCGGAGAUCCCCGACGAUGUCAAACUCAUGGGAUUUGCUCAGCUCAGUAUCAGUUAAAGUUUUGCCUCCACGCGGGGACCAUGACUUGCCUAAAAAAUGUGAAAAACAAACACGAAAAAAAAAACAUAAACAAAACAACCACCACCACCCAACCCCACACCAAUAGAAUGACACAUUCGUCCCCUGGCCACCGUUCGAGAUACCACUUCUGCCAAAGAAAAGCCGUACCGUGUCGUGAGCCCAUAGGAUUUAACCCGAAGCCCCUCCCGGCUGUGGAAGGGUGAAAGGAUGAGAUCAGAAUCUAUAGGAAACAGUCAACUAAAGUUUACAGUGUAUAUGUAGAAGGAUGUUUUGUUUGAUUUAUUUUUUUUUUCCAACACCAACCACGUUGUGUUCGUUUCCAUCUAUUUUUCCUGUAAUAUACGUCCCGACAUUUGCACAAUCUCAACUAACGCCCUAAAAUUUUCACUAAUGUAACAAUGCCUUAUAUUUAAGAGCUACUGAAUGCAUGUCUAAGGGGAAAGUCUUCUCAUUUUUUAUUUUCUUUUUCCUUUACAGACAACAUUUAUAUUCUAGCCAGACUUUUUACAUGUUUUUUUUUUUAAUGGUCUCUGCUCUGAAGGAAAAAGCUCUCACAGUUCAACUGAAACGAGUGCCCGACUUUAGCACACACUUAGCCUUAUUGUGACCGGACGAAACCUGCGAGUCUGCUUUCAAAAGCUUUUUGUGAAUCGCUGACGUUCCUAGGCACUUUUUUUAAUUUUAUUUUUUAUUAUUAUUUUUUGUUCUGUUUUGCAUUUUCAGCUGCUGUGCAGAUUUCCUUGUCUGCGUGAUGCACUGGUCAUCAUCACGAUGUGCACAUUCUGCUGGACACACACUUGUAUCUAAUCGGGGGUGGACAAACGAUCAAAUUUUGCCUGACGUACUUUUCGAUGCCUAGAAGCCCGAUCACAUCGUAAAUCUCAUCUAACAAAGUGUAUCGCGUAGCAUCUUAAUUGCGACCUCGCAUAGGCGUUUCAGCCACACUGAUCUCCCAUCGAGUAAGCUUGUGAGCCUUGCUAGCUUGUUCUAUCUGGAAAAAUGUGUGCACUUGUCAGGCGGUGUGUGUGUAGUGCAGCAGGUCGUUUUAAUCCAGAUUGUCAAGUUUAAACAUCGAUUCAUACCAAAUUGGAAAUUUGUCCACCUCUGUUUAUGAAUUUAUUGAGUUAAUUAUUCACUGGUAUGAUUCUUUAUCUCUCUCUAUCUCGCUUUUUUCUUUUCUUCCUCUUUUUUUUCUCUUUCUGCAAUCACUGAAGAAACUUUGGGGGGAAAAAAGCUCCUUUUUGUGUACAGUACCUGUGUGGAAAUGUAAGUUUAAAAAAAAGAAGGAAAAAAACCCUCCCCCACCAUAUUACACAUAUCUGUGAUUCAGUACUUAGUAAAAAAUAUUGGUUUUAUACCAUAAACAAUGUUCCUUGUGGGUUAAAAAACGAAAACAAGAUCAUGUGUCUGUCUUUCUGGUGUUACCGGCUUUUGUCGUGUUUUUUUUCUCUGAACUGACGUGGCUGAAUCAGUACUCUCUCUCUCUCUCUCACCUGUAAAUAAUGUGAUUUGGGUUUUAUAUUGGUUGUUUCAACUUAUUGGGAAACCCACCAUCUCACAACACACAGUCUCUAACAAGGGCAGAUUGUGGUUGAGAACACCAUGCUCUUUAGCUCUUUAGCUCAUUGGCUGUUCGCACGCUAAAUCCUGAUCAUAGCGAAAAGCCGUUUCCUUUUCUGUGUGGAGGAGGUCUGUCUGAUUUAAGCCCCGCCCCCCACCCACCUAGUUAGUAAGUAAUAACUAAAUAAUAUUUUCAUUCAUGCGUAUCAGUCUUUUUUUUUUUUGUCAUCCACGUUCAUAGCUGCUUCUAUUCAGUUAUGAGAAUCUGAAAUUGUUAGUGUUCAAUGAUAAGAAUUUGAAAGAUUACACAAGACGCCCGAUCUGCCGUAACAACACUGAGGGCUCGCGUUACUUUCCCUAGCUUCUUUUCUUGUAUCAGUUUUUGGGGCAGAAAUCCCAGUAUUUGUGUUGAUCCUAUUUAUAGUACGAGUUUCCUUAUAAUGACUUCUUUCGUUCUUUUCCCUUUGAUGAGUAUAAUUCACUCUCGAUCACUCCAGGCACUUAAAAUGUCCGAUAUAAUCGAAUCAGAGUACAAAGUGUAAUGUUGAAUUGAAUAUUUAGAAUCAAGUACUCUUGUAUGCUGAUGUCAUGAAUUCCAUUUAAAAAAAAAAAAAGAAAAAUAAAUAAAAUAUUCAACAAAUCGUUAUCGUGCCGUUCACCAGCAUUGUUAAAAAAUAUCUCGUCCAAACAGGAUCAACGACGUUGUCCCCUGUUUCGCUGCGAACCUCACGCGUCUAUUUUAAUUUGCUGAAAUGUAUUAUAGCAGUGCUGUAGUGUUUGGACAGACGACCUUCACACUCAGAUUAUUACAGGCAAUAACAUCCAACUGUUGAUAAGAUAUUUAAUUUUUUUUUUUUUUUUGCAUUAGGUUUUUAUUUUCAUUUCGCUCAUUUCGCACUCUUGUCUGUUUUGAACUUGGAUGCAUGUUUCUCUGAUUAUUUUAAAAAAAUCAAUAAAGAAUGAACAUAUCA